AUGGUAGAUGAUAUAUUAAAGUGUAUUCAUAAUGAAUUUAAAUAUGUUCUUAUAAGUUGUGAUAUAAAUAAUGAGAUAAAAGAAUUAACCUUUAAAGGUAGUGAAGAGAAAUUUCAGAAUACAUUAGGUUCCUAUUUUAGGAGAAUAAUAUUUGAUGAAAAAGGAAAAGAUGAAUUAAAAGAAAGUAUAAAAGAAAAAUUAAAAACAAAUGAUAAAAAUGAUGAAGAUAAAGAAAAGGUAAAUACUAUAUCUCCAGAUAUUAUAAAUAAUGCAAUUGAAUCAUCUCAAACUUAUCAAAUAAUACCUUUAACUAUACCUAAUGAAAAAAAUGAUUUUCUGGGAAUUAAUUGUUAUAUUGAUGAUAUAGGAAGAAUAAAAAAAUUACCUUACAAUAGUAGAGCAUCAAGAAUAUGUAGUACAGAAAUUUAUGGUGAUGCAUUCUUAUCAAAGACAUAUGAUAAUGAAGAUUUCAAAAGAUGUGAUUUUACAAUAAGCGAAUAUGAUGAAUUUUUAAAGAAUCCCCCAAAAAGUGAAAACAGAUGGGAUCAAGCACAAGCCAUGCAAAAUUUACUAAAACAAAUGAAAGGACAAAAUGAUACAGGAGUAAAUGACGAAGCACCCACUCAAAAAGUUAACGCAUGUGAACAUUGUUAUAAGGAACAAAAUCUAAAAAGAUGCGGAAGAUGCAAAAAGGUCUACUACUGCUCAGUUGAAUGUCAAAAAAGUGAUUACGUAUUUCAUAAGAGAAUAUGCUCAUAA